AUGAGAGCUCUUCGAGAAAUAACUACACAUUUUAAAGGGAAAAACUUCCCAAAAUUUGUCACAAUUAAAGAAGUUGGUCCAAGCGAUGGCUUGAUAAACGAAAAAAAGGCAGUGUCUCUGGAAAAAAGAGUAGAAUUCGUCAACAGACUAAGUGAAUGUGGAUACAAAUAUAUCGAAGCUACAAGAUUCGUGAAUUCUAAAGGAUUCCCACAAAUGGCAGACAAUACCAAACUUUUCCAGCAAAUACACAAGGCUGAAGGCAUAUGCUAUUAUGUCUUCAUCCCAAAUCUAAAUGGGCUUGAAUCAGCACUUCAAGCCAGUAUCAAAGAAAUCUCGAUUUUUGCAUCUGCAAGCGAGAGCUAUUCUGAAAGGUUUCUUAAUACAUCAAUUGCUAAAAGCUUUAUUAGAUAUGAGCCUCUUAUGGAAUGAGCUUAUGAUAAUAAUCUCAAAAUCAGAGGAACUGUAGCGUGCUCUGUUGGGUGCCCAUUUGAAGGAAACAUAGAUCCAAUGGCUGUAAGAGAUGUAGCUAAGAGGAUGCAAGAAAUGGGAUGCUAUGAAAUUUGUUUAUCCUCCCACAAAGUAAGCAAGAUUUUCCUGCUCACUCUUAAAGUGAAAGUUUAAUUUAAUUAUAAAAUUUAUGUUUAACAUGAAAUUUAUGUAAUGGAAUUAAUUAGAAAUAUCGAUUUCGCAAUUAAAAAAUUUUUUACUCUCUUAAUUUUCCCAAGACAUUUUCGAUGGUUUUGCUCUUAAAGGGAAGUUAGAAGAUUCAAAUGGGGUUGGGACACCUACAAGAAUCCAAAUGAUGCUUCAAGCUGUCUUAAAAGACAUUCCUCCACAGCAGCUUGCACUGCAUUGCCACAACACCCGUGGUAGAGCCAUACAAAAUAUCUUAACUGGAUUAGAAAUGGGCGUAACCAUUGUGGACAGUUCAAUUGCUGCUUUAGGAGGCUGCCAAUUUGAGUCUGGAAAAGUAGGAAACGUCUCAACUGAAGAUGUUGUACACGUUUUAAGUCAAUUAGGAGUAGAAACUGGGCUAAACUUAAGCAAGCUCGAAGAAACUGCAAACUGGAUUUCUUCUGAAUUAGGCAGAGAAAACAGAAGCCUAUAUCGAAGUAUUAGCUAA